AUGCCCAAAUUCAAGAUGCCCUCUUUCGGGGUGUCCUCGCCUGGCAAGCCCUCCGUGGAGGCCUCCCUGGACGUGGCUGCCCCUAAGCUAGAGGCAGACGUGACUCUACCCUCAGUGCAGGGCGACCUCAAGACCCCUGACCUGAGCAUUCAGCUGCCGUCCGCCGAACUGGAGGUAAAGGCCGGCCAGGUGGGCGUGAAGCUGCCCGAGGGCCAGCUGCCAGAUGCAGAGCUGACCGCUCAGGCUGCUUCAGGAUCGGGCCUCAAGGGCCACCUGCCCAAGGUAGAGAUGCCUAGCCUCAAGAUGCCCAAGGUGGACCUGAAGGGCCCCCACGUGGACCUGAAGGCUCCCAAAUUUGACGUGAAGGGCCCCAAGGGUGAGCUGAGCGGCCCAGACGUGGAGGGGUCGAUGCCCGGCGUCGCCGUGGACAUCCAGGUCCUUGGAGCAAAACCGGAGGGGGACCUUGACUUGGCCGACAAGGACGUGGCCGCCAAAGACAGCAAGUUCAAGAUGCCCAAAUUCAAGAUGCCCUCUUUCGGGGUGUCCUCGCCUGGCAAGCCCUCCGUGGAGGCCUCCCUGGUCGUGGCUGCCCCUAAGCUAGAGGCAGACGUGACUCUACCCUCAGUGCAGGGCGACCUCAAGACCCCUGACCUGACCAUUCAGCUGCCGUCCGCCGAACUGGAGGUAAAGGCCGGCCAGGUGGGCGUGAAGCUGCCCGAGGGCCAGCUGCCAGAUGCAGAGCUGACCGCUCAGGCUGCUUCAGGAUCGGGCCUCAAGGGCCACCUGCCCAAGGUGCAGAUGCCCAGCCUAAAGAUGCCCAAGGUGGACCUGAAGGGCCCCCACGUGGACCUGAAGGCUCCCAAAUUUGACGUGAAGGGCCCCAAGGGUGAGCUGAGAGCCCCGGGCGUGGAGGUGUCCCAGCCGGGCAUCGACGUGGACAUCCAGGCUUCUGGAACAAAGCUGGAGGGGGACCUCGGCCUGACCCUAACCGACAAGGACGUAGCCGCCAAAGACAGCAAGUUCAAGAUGCCCAAAUUCAAGAUGCCCUCUUUCGGGGUGUCCUCGCCUGGCAAGCCCUCCGUGGAGGCCUCCCUGGACGUGGCUGCCCCUAAGCUAGAGGCAGACGUGACUCUACCCUCAGUGCAGGGCGACCUCAAGACCCCUGACCUGAGCAUUCAGCUGCCGUCCGCCGAACUGGAGGUAAAGGCCGGCCAGGUGGGCGUGAAGCUGCCCGAGGGCCAGCUGCCAGAUGCAGAGCUGACCGCUCAGGCCGCUUCAGGAUCGGGCCUCAAGGGCCACCUGCCCAAGGUGCAGAUGCCCAGCCUAAAGAUGCCCAAGGUGGACCUGAAGGGCCCCCACGUGGACCUGAAGGCUCCCAAAUUUGACGUGAAGGGCCCCAAGGGUGAUAUGAGAGCCCCGGGCGUGGAGGUGUCCCAGCCGGGCAUCGACGUGGACAUCCAGGCUUCUGGAACAAAGCUGGAGGGGGACCUCGGCCUGACCCUAACCGACAAGGACGUAGCCGCCAAAGACAGCAAGUUCAAGAUGCCCAAAUUCAAGAUGCCCUCUUUCGGGGUGUCCUCGCCUGGCAAGCCCUCCGUGGAGGCCUCCCUGGACGUGGCUGCCCCUAAGCUAGAGGCAGACGUGACUCUACCCUCAGUGCAGGGAGACCUCAAGACCCCUGACCUGAGCAUUCAGCUGCCGUCCGCCGAACUGGAGGUAAAGGCCGGCCAGGUGGGCGUGAAGCUGCCCGAGGGCCAGCUGCCAGAUGCAGAGCUGACCGCUCAGGCUGCUUCAGGAUCGGGCCUCAAGGGCCACCUGCCCAAGGUAGAGAUGCCUAGCCUCAAGAUGCCCAAGGUGGACCUGAAGGGCCCCCACGUGGACCUGAAGGCUCCCAAAUUUGACGUGAAGGGCCCCAAGGGUGAGCUGAGCGGCCCAGACGUGGAGGGGUCGAUGCCCGGCGUCGCCGUGGACAUCCAGGUCCUUGGAGCAAAGCCGGAGGGGGACCUUGACUUGGCCGACAAGGACGUGGCCGCCAAAGACAGCAAGUUCAAGAUGCCCAAAUUCAAGAUGCCCUCUUUCGGGGUGUCCUCGCCUGGCAAGCCCUCCGUGGAGGCCUCCCUGGACGUGGCUGCCCCUAAGCUAGAGGCAGACGUGACUCUACCCUCAGUGCAGGGCGACCUCAAGACCCCUGACCUGAGCAUUCAGCUGCCGUCCGCCGAACUGGAGGUAAAGGCCGGCCAGGUGGGCGUGAAGCUGCCCGAGGGCCAGCUGCCAGAUGCAGAGCUGACCGCUCAGGCUGCUUCAGGAUCGGGCCUCAAGGGCCACCUGCCCAAGGUGCAGAUGCCCAGCCUAAAGAUGCCCAAGGUGGACCUGAAGGGCCCCCACGUGGACCUGAAGGCUCCCAAAUUUGACGUGAAGGGCCCCAAGGGUGAGCUGAGAGCCGCGGGCGUGGAGGUGUCCCAGCCGGGCAUCGACGUGGACAUCCAUGCUUCUGGAACAAAGCUGGAGGGGGACCUCGGCCUGACCCUAACCGACAAGGACAUAGCCGCCAAAGACAGCAAGUUCAAGAUGCCCAAAUUCAAGAUGCCCUCUUUCGGGGUGUCCUCGCCUGGCAAGCCCUCCGUGGAGGCCUCCCUGGACGUGGCUGCCCCUAAGCUAGAGGCAGACGUGACUCUACCCUCAGUGCAGGGCGACCUCAAGACCCCUGACCUGAGCAUUCAGCUGCCGUCCGCCGAACUGGAGGUUAAGGCCGGCCAGGUGGGCGUGAAGCUGCCCGAGGGCCAGCUGCCAGAUGCAGAGAUGCCCGCACAGGCUGCCGCAGGUUACGGCCUCAAGGGCCACCUGCCCAAGGUAGAGAUGCCUAGCCUCAAGAUGCCCAAGGUGGACCUGAAGGGCCCCCACGUGGACCUGAAGGCUCCCAAAUUUGACGUGAAGGGCCCCAAGGGUGAGCUGAGCGGCCCAGACGUGGAGGGGUCGAUGCCCGGCGUCGCCGUGGACAUCCAGGUCCUUGGAGCAAAGCCGGAGGGGGACCUUGACUUGGCCGACAAGGACGUGGCCGCCAAAGACAGCAAGUUCAAGAUGCCCAAAUUCAAGAUGCCCUCUUUCGGGGUGUCCUCGCCUGGCAAGCCCUCCGUGGAGGCCUCCCUGGACGUGGCUGCCCCUAAGCUAGAGGCAGACGUGACUCUACCCUCAGUGCAGGGCGACCUCAAGACCCCUGACCUGAGCAUUCAGCUGCCGUCCGCCGAACUGGAGGUAAAGGCCGGCCAGGUGGGCGUGAAGCUGCCCGAGGGCCAGCUGCCAGAUGCAGAGCUGACCGCUCAGGCUGCUUCAGGAUCGGGCCUCAAGGGCCACCUGCCCAAGGUGCAGAUGCCCAGCCUAAAGAUGCCCAAGGUGGACCUGAAGGGCCCCCACGUGGACCUGAAGGCUCCCAAAUUUGACGUGAAGGGCCCCAAGGGUGAUAUAAGAGCCCCGGGCGUGGAGGUGUCCCAGCCGGGCAUCGACGUGGACAUCCAGGCUUCUGGAGCAAAGCCGGAGGGGGACCUCGGCCUGACCCUAACCGACAAGGACGUAGCCGCCAAAGACAGCAAGUUCAAGAUGCCCAAAUUCAAGAUGCCCUCUUUCGGGGUGUCCUCGCCUGGCAAGCCCUCCGUGGAGGCCUCCCUGGACGUGGCUGCCCCUAAGCUAGAGGCAGACGUGACUCUACCCUCAGUGCAGGGCGACCUCAAGAUCCCUGACCUGAGCAUUCAGCUGCCGUCCGCCGAACUGGAGGUUAAGGCCGGCCAGGUGGGCGUGAAGCUGCCCGAGGGCCAGCUGCCAGAUGCAGAGAUGCCCGCACAGGCUGCCGCAGGUUACGGCCUCAAGGGCCACCUGCCCAAGGUAGAGAUGCCUAGCCUCAAGAUGCCCAAGGUGGACCUGAAGGGCCCCCACGUGGACCUGAAGGCUCCCAAAUUUGACGUGAAGGGCCCCAAGGGUGAGCUGAGAGCCGCGGGCGUGGAGGUGUCCCAGCCGGGCAUCGACGUGGACAUCCAGGCUUCUGGAACAAAGCUGGAGGGGGACCUCGGCCUGACCCUAACCGACAAGGACGUAGCCGCCAAAGACAGCAAGUUCAAGAUGCCCAAAUUCAAGAUGCCCUCUUUCGGGGUGUCCUCGCCUGGCAAGCCCUCCGUGGAGGCCUCCCUGGACGUGGCUGCCCCUAAGCUAGAGGCUGACGUGACUCUAACCUCAGUGCAGGGCGACCUCAAGACCCCUGACCUGAGCAUUCAGCUGCCGUCUGCCGAACUGGAGGUUAAGGCCGGCCAGGUGGGCGUGAAGCUGCCCGAGGGCCAGCUGCCAGAUGCAGAGAUGCCCGCACAGGCUGCCGCAGGUUACGGCCUCAAGGGCCACCUGCCCAAGGUAGAGAUGCCUAGCCUCAAGAUGCCCAAGGUGGACCUGAAGGGCCCCCACGUGGACCUGAAGGCUCCCAAAUUUGACGUGAAGGGCCCCAAGGGUGAGCUGAGCGGCCCAGACGUGGAGGGGUCGAUGCCCGGCGUCGCCGUGGACAUCCAGGUCCUUGGAGCAAAGCCGGAGGGGGACCUUGACUUGGCCGACAAGGACGUGGCCGCCAAAGACAGCAAGUUCAAGAUGCCCAAAUUCAAGAUGCCCUCUUUCGGGGUGUCCUCGCCUGGCAAGCCCUCCGUGGAGGCCUCCCUGGACGUGGCUGCCCCUAAGCUAGAGGCAGACGUGACUCUACCCUCAGUGCAGGGCGACCUCAAGACCCCUGACCUGAGCAUUCAGCUGCCGUCCGCCGAACUGGAGGUAAAGGCCGGCCAGGUGGGCGUGAAGCUGCCCGAGGGCCAGCUGCCAGAUGCAGAGCUGACCGCUCAGGCUGCUUCAGGAUCGGGCCUCAAGGGCCACCUGCCCAAGGUAGAGAUGCCUAGCCUCAAGAUGCCCAAGGUGGACCUGAAGGGCCCCCACGUGGACCUGAAGGCUCCCAAAUUUGACGUGAAGGGCCCCAAGGGUGAGCUGAGCGGCCCAGACGUGGAGGGGUCGAUGCCCGGCGUCGCCGUGGACAUCCAGGUCCUUGGAGCAAAACCGGAGGGGGACCUUGACUUGGCCGACAAGGACGUAGCCGCCAAAGACAGCAAGUUCAAGAUGCCCAAAUUCAAGAUGCCCUCUUUCGGGGUGUCCUCGCCUGGCAAGCCCUCCGUGGAGGCCUCCCUGGUCGUGGCUGCCCCUAAGCUAGAGGCAGACGUGACUCUACCCUCAGUGCAGGGCGACCUCAAGACCCCUGACCUGAGCAUUCAGCUGCCGUCCGCCGAACUGGAGGUAAAGGCCGGCCAGGUGGGCGUGAAGCUGCCCGAGGGCCAGCUGCCAGAUGCAGAGCUGACCGCUCAGGCCGCUUCAGGAUCGGGCCUCAAGGGCCACCUGCCCAAGGUGCAGAUGCCCAGCCUAAAGAUGCCCAAGGUGGACCUGAAGGGCCCCCACGUGGACCUGAAGGCUCCCAAAUUUGACGUGAAGGGCCCCAAGGGUGAGCUGAGAGCCCCGGGCGUGGAGGUGUCCCAGCCGGGCAUCGACGUGGACAUCCAGGCUUCUGGAACAAAGCUGGAGGGGGACCUCGGCCUGACCCUAACCGACAAGGACGUAGCCGCCAAAGACAGCAAGUUCAAGAUGCCCAAAUUCAAGAUGCCCUCUUUCGGGGUGUCCUCGCCUGGCAAGCCCUCCGUGGAGGCCUCCCUGGACGUGGCUGCCCCUAAGCUAGAGGCAGACGUGACUCUACCCUCAGUGCAGGGCGACCUCAAGACCCCUGACCUGAGCAUUCAGCUGCCGUCCGCCGAACUGGAGGUAAAGGCCGGCCAGGUGGGCGUGAAGCUGCCCGAGGGCCAGCUGCCAGAUGCAGAGCUGACCGCUCAGGCCGCUUCAGGAUCGGGCCUCAAGGGCCACCUGCCCAAGGUGCAGAUGCCCAGCCUAAAGAUGCCCAAGGUGGACCUGAAGGGCCCCCACGUGGACCUGAAGGCUCCCAAAUUUGACGUGAAGGGCCCCAAGGGUGAUAUGAGAGCCCCGGGCGUGGAGGUGUCCCAGCCGGGCAUCGACGUGGACAUCCAGGCUUCUGGAACAAAGCUGGAGGGGGAGCUCGGCCUGACCCUAACCGACAAGGACGUAGCCGCCAAAGACAGCAAGUUCAAGAUGCCCAAAUUCAAGAUGCCCUCUUUCGGGGUGUCCUCGCCUGGCAAGCCCUCCGUGGAGGCCUCCCUGGACGUGGCUGCCCCUAAGCUAGAGGCAGACGUGACUCUACCCUCAGUGCAGGGAGACCUCAAGACCCCUGACCUGAGCAUUCAGCUGCCGUCCGCCGAACUGGAGGUAAAGGCCGGCCAGGUGGGCGUGAAGCUGCCCGAGGGCCAGCUGCCAGAUGCAGAGCUGACCGCUCAGGCUGCUUCAGGAUCGGGCCUCAAGGGCCACCUGCCCAAGGUAGAGAUGCCUAGCCUCAAGAUGCCCAAGGUGGACCUGAAGGGCCCCCACGUGGACCUGAAGGCUCCCAAAUUUGACGUGAAGGGCCCCAAGGGUGAGCUGAGCGGCCCAGACGUGGAGGGGUCGAUGCCCGGCGUCGCCGUGGACAUCCAGGUCCUUGGAGCAAAGCCGGAGGGGGACCUUGACUUGGCCGACAAGGACGUGGCCGCCAAAGACAGCAAGUUCAAGAUGCCCAAAUUCAAGAUGCCCUCUUUCGGGGUGUCCUCGCCUGGCAAGCCCUCCGCGGAGGCCUCCCUGGACGUGGCUGCCCCUAAGCUAGAGGCAGACGUGACUCUACCCUCAGUGCAGGGCGACCUCAAGACCCCUGACCUGAGCAUUCAGCUGCCGUCCGCCGAACUGGAGGUAAAGGCCGGCCAGGUGGGCGUGAAGCUGCCCGAGGGCCAGCUGCCAGAUGCAGAGCUGACCGCUCAGGCUGCUUCAGGAUCGGACCUCAAGGGCCACCUGCCCAAGGUGCAGAUGCCCAGCCUAAAGAUGCCCAAGGUGGACCUGAAGGGCCCCCACGUGGACCUGAAGGCUCCCAAAUUUGACGUGAAGGGCCCCAAGGGUGAGCUGAGAGCCGCGGGCGUGGAGGUGUCCCAGCCGGGCAUCGACGUGGACAUCCAGGUCCUUGGAGCAAAGCUGGAGGGGGACCUCGGCCUGACCCUAACCGACAAGGACGUAGCCGCCAAAGACAGCAAGUUCAAGAUGCCCAAAUUCAAGAUGCCCUCUUUCGGGGUGUCCUCGCCUGGCAAGCCCUCCGUGGAGGCCUCCCUGGACGUGGCUGCCCCUAAGCUAGAGGCAGACGUGACUCUACCCUCAGUGCAGGGCGACCUCAAGACCCCUGACCUGAGCAUUCAGCUGCCGUCCGCCGAACUGGAGGUUAAGGCCGGCCAGGUGGGCGUGAAGCUGCCCGAGGGCCAGCUGCCAGAUGCAGAGCUGACCGCUCAGGCUGCCGCAGGUUACGGCCUCAAGGGCCACCUGCCCAAGGUAGAGAUGCCUAGCCUCAAGAUGCCCAAGGUGGACCUGAAGGGCCCCCACGUGGACCUGAAGGCUCCCAAAUUUGACGUGAAGGGCCCCAAGGGUGAGCUGAGCGGCCCAGACGUGGAGGGGUCGAUGCCCGGCGUCGCCGUGGACAUCCAGGUCCUUGGAGCAAAGCCGGAGGGGGACCUUGACUUGGCCGACAAGGACGUGGCCGCCAAAGACAGCAAGUUCAAGAUGCCCAAAUUCAAGAUGCCCUCUUUCGGGGUGUCCUCGCCUGGCAAGCCCUCCGUGGAGGCCUCCCUGGACGUGGCUGCCCCUAAGCUAGAGGCAGACGUGACUCUACCCUCAGUGCAGGGCGACCUCAAGACCCCUGACCUGAGCAUUCAGCUGCCGUCCGCCGAACUGGAGGUAAAGGCCGGCCAGGUGGGCGUGAAGCUGCCCGAGGGCCAGCUGCCAGAUGCAGAGCUGACCGCUCAGGCUGCUUCAGGAUCGGGCCUCAAGGGCCACCUGCCCAAGGUAGAGAUGCCUAGCCUCAAGAUGCCCAAGGUGGACCUGAAGGGCCCCCACGUGGACCUGAAGGCUCCCAAAUUUGACGUGAAGGGCCCCAAGGGUGAGCUGAGCGGCCCAGACGUGGAGGGGUCGAUGCCCGGCGUCGCCGUGGACAUCCAGGUCCUUGGAGCAAAACCGGAGGGGGACCUUGACUUGGCCGACAAGGACGUGGCCGCCAAAGACAGCAAGUUCAAGAUGCCCAAAUUCAAGAUGCCCUCUUUCGGGGUGUCCUCGCCUGGCAAGCCCUCCGUGGAGGCCUCCCUGGUCGUGGCUGCCCCUAAGCUAGAGGCAGACGUGACUCUACCCUCAGUGCAGGGCGACCUCAAGACCCCUGACCUGACCAUUCAGCUGCCGUCCGCCGAACUGGAGGUAAAGGCCGGCCAGGUGGGCGUGAAGCUGCCCGAGGGCCAGCUGCCAGAUGCAGAGCUGACCGCUCAGGCCGCUUCAGGAUCGGGCCUCAAGGGCCACCUGCCCAAGGUGCAGAUGCCCAGCCUAAAGAUGCCCAAGGUGGACCUGAAGGGCCCCCACGUGGACCUGAAGGCUCCCAAAUUUGACGUGAAGGGCCCCAAGGGUGAUAUGAGAGCCCCGGGCGUGGAGGUGUCCCAGCCGGGCAUCGACGUGGACAUCCAGGCUUCUGGAACAAAGCUGGAGGGGGACCUCGGCCUGACCCUAACCGACAAGGACGUAGCCGCCAAAGACAGCAAGUUCAAGAUGCCCAAAUUCAAGAUGCCCUCUUUCGGGGUGUCCUCGCCUGGCAAGCCCUCCGUGGAGGCCUCCCUGGACGUGGCUGCCCCUAAGCUAGAGGCUGACGUGACUCUACCCUCAGUGCAGGGAGACCUCAAGACCCCUGACCUGAGCAUUCAGCUGCCGUCCGCCGAACUGGAGGUAAAGGCCGGCCAGGUGGGCGUGAAGCUGCCCGAGGGCCAGCUGCCAGAUGCAGAGCUGACCGCUCAGGCUGCUUCAGGAUCGGGCCUCAAGGGCCACCUGCCCAAGGUAGAGAUUCCUAGCCUCAAGAUGCCCAAGGUGGACCUGAAGGGCCCCCACGUGGACCUGAAGGCUCCCAAAUUUGACGUGAAGGGCCCCAAGGGUGAGCUGAGCGGCCCAGACGUGGAGGGGUCGAUGCCCGGCGUCGCCGUGGACAUCCAGGUCCUUGGAGCAAAGCCGGAGGGGGACCUUGACUUGGCCGACAAGGACGUGGCCGCCAAAGACAGCAAGUUCAAGAUGCCCAAAUUCAAGAUGCCCUCUUUCGGGGUGUCCUUGCCUGGCAAGCCCUCCGUGGAGGCCUCCCUGGACGUGGCUGCCCCUAAGCUAGAGGCAGACGUGACUCUACCCUCAGUGCAGGGCGACCUCAAGACCCCUGACCUGAGCAUUCAGCUGCCGUCCGCCGAACUGGAGGUAAAGGCCGGCCAGGUGGGCGUGAAGCUGCCCGAGGGCCAGCUGCCAGAUGCAGAGCUGACCGCUCAGGCUGCUUCAGGAUCGGACCUCAAGGGCCACCUGCCCAAGGUGCAGAUGCCCAGCCUAAAGAUGCCCAAGGUGGACCUGAAGGGCCCCCACGUGGACCUGAAGGCUCCCAAAUUUGACGUGAAGGGCCCCAAGGGUGAGCUGAGAGCCGCGGGCGUGGAGGUGUCCCAGCCGGGCAUCGACGUGGACAUCCAGGUCCUUGGAGCAAAGCUGGAGGGGGACCUCGGCCUGACCCUAACCGACAAGGACGUAGCCGCCAAAGACAGCAAGUUCAAGAUGCCCAAAUUCAAGAUGCCCUCUUUCGGGGUGUCCUCGCCUGGCAAGCCCUCCGUGGAGGCCUCCCUGGACGUGGCUGCCCCUAAGCUAGAGGCAGACGUGACUCUACCCUCAGUGCAGGGCGACCUCAAGACCCCUGACCUGAGCAUUCAGCUGCCGUCCGCCGAACUGGAGGUUAAGGCCGGCCAGGUGGGCGUGAAGCUGCCCGAGGGCCAGCUGCCAGAUGCAGAGCUGACCGCUCAGGCUGCCGCAGGUUACGGCCUCAAGGGCCACCUGCCCAAGGUAGAGAUGCCUAGCCUCAAGAUGCCCAAGGUGGACCUGAAGGGCCCCCACGUGGACCUGAAGGCUCCCAAAUUUGACGUGAAGGGCCCCAAGGGUGAGCUGAGCGGCCCAGACGUGGAGGGGUCGAUGCCCGGCGUCGCCGUGGACAUCCAGGUCCUUGGAGCAAAGCCGGAGGGGGACCUUGACUUGGCCGACAAGGACGUGGCCGCCAAAGACAGCAAGUUCAAGAUGCCCAAAUUCAAGAUGCCCUCUUUCGGGGUGUCCUCGCCUGGCAAGCCCUCCGUGGAGGCCUCCCUGGACGUGGCUGCCCCUAAGCUAGAGGCAGACGUGACUCUACCCUCAGUGCAGGGCGACCUCAAGACCCCUGACCUGAGCAUUCAGCUGCCGUCCGCCGAACUGGAGGUAAAGGCCGGCCAGGUGGGCGUGAAGCUGCCCGAGGGCCAGCUGCCAGAUGCAGAGAUGCCCGCACAGGCUGCAGCAGGUUACGGCCUCAAGGGCCAACUGCCCAAGGGAGAGAUGCCCAGCCUCAAGAUAUGCAAGGGGGACCUGAAGGACACUAAGGUGGAUGAGAAGUGCUCCAAAGGUGAGCUGAUAGACCCUCAGUUGGCGGUAUCCUCGCCUGAUGUUGACGGCCUUUCUAAUGCGGCUGUUGUUUCCUGCCCCUCAUUUUCUUUUCCAAUUACUUCUUCUAAUGCUCGCAUAUUCUUUCCAAAGUUCCAUAAACCAAAAUUCGUAGUUUCUCUUCCUCCAUCCUCUGUUCCAUGUGACUUUUCCAUGCCUGAUCCUGUCCUUUGUCCUUCCCUCAUUCCCCAAAGCGUGGGAGAUUCUGUGUCCUCCGAGGUUGUGACUUCUGAUCCCCCUGUUUCACGUGAUUCUGAGAGAAUCUCAAGCGAGUCCGCAAGUAGUUUUCAACUUGAAGCAACGGACCCGGAAGGAAAGGGAAGGUCCUUUAAAUUGCCCGGCAUCAAGCUACAUCCAUUUAAUUUGUCUCCUAAGAAGCAGGCACGGUCCUCUGAUGAUUGUGAGUCCUUGCAGGUGGACCCUUUGCCUUCUUUAGCUCUGUCUGUGGUGGAAACAGAUACUGCAGUUGGGGGUUCUCAGAUGCAUUCAUCUGUGGAGAAGGAAUCUGAGAAAGGCAGAAGCCGCAAGCUCAGUUUUUCCAUGCCACGCCUUGGACUACCCAAGAUCAAGGGUCCCAAGGGGAGACCCGGCAUCCCACAGGGCGAUGUGAAGCCUUCACUAGUGGGUACCACAGCUGGAGAUGAGUUGGUAUUUCUACAAACCACUGUCAGUGAUACCCAUGUUGGGGACCCUCUUUCAAAAGACGUCACUACUACAGAGCCCUGUAUCAGCUCCCUCCCCAUGACAGUAGAGGCUACUGGGUCCAAAGCUGAUCUUCUGCCUUCCCAAGGGGUCCCGGAUGUCAGAGUUGACAGCAAGAGUCAUAUGCUGGUGGGUGUGACUGCAAGCCAGUCACUUGGGAAACUCACAACACCUGCAAUGGGAGACGUGCUACCAUCCUGUACACAAGGGCAUGACACCCCAGCCAUGGAAAGCCCUGACAUGGCUCCCGUAGCAAAAGAGAUGUCAACAGACUCCCAUGAGCGCUGGUUCAAAAUGCCCAAGUUCCGAGUUCCUGGUUUCAGACGCUCCUCAUCCAGGGAGCGAGAUGGAACUGGGGAACAGGAAGCUACUCAGACGCCGACUCCAGUCAUCGGCAAACGCUUAGAAGCAGAAGUCUCCCUGGGGUCCCCAGAGGAAGGGGCCCAUGUGAGGAGCCCAGAGAGCCCUACAUAUGCCGAUGUUGUAAAACGUGAUCUCCAUGGAACAGGUUCUAUGCUGCACAGCUCCAGUGCUGCAAUGCCCAGCCCUGAGUUAGGGACCCAUGUGGCUAAAGAGUCCUUCUCUCUAGGGGUGUCUGGUGUGAGAGUCUCAGAAACGCAGCUUCCUCCAGAAGGAACAGGCAAGCAGCAGCAUCCUGGGCCAGGAGGAGACAUUCUUGCUGAGGUGGACGCUAGAAUGGCGGACCUGCCUUCCCAGCCCCAAGGGCCUGUGAGACUGAAGGCUUCCCUCACUGAUGCGCCAUCCCACGUCUCUGUGGUGAGCACGCAUCCGAUCUGGGAGGGUUCCGUGUUGACUGUAACAUUCCCCAAACUAAAGGUACCUAAGUUCUCCUUUGAUGCUUCUGGCUCUGAGGCUGAUGUAUUCUUCCCUGUGGUGAGAGAGAUGCAAUGUGCAGAGGUUGGCAUUGACAGUACCACGCAUAAAGAUGGCCCUGGGUUCUGGGAAGCCAGCCUUCUAAAGACAGGAGCUGAGGAUCCCAGAGGGCCACCAGCAAGCCUUGAACAAUCCUUGGAAGAAUCCCCGAUUUCUAAGGUCAGAGUGCACAUUCAGGGGUCUCAAGCUGAGAGUCAAGACGUCACCAUUUGGCACAGGGUGGAACGAGAGGGUGCUGGUUCCUCUGCAUGCCAAGCCUUUUCGACUCAGAUCGUGAGGGAGUCAGAGAUUCCGGCUUCUGCAAUUCAGACUCCUUCUUACGGGUUUUCUUUGCUGAAGGUGAAAAUCCCAGAGCCCCCUGUGCAGGCUAGCGUGUACACAGAGAUUCCCGACUCCCAGGCACAGGAGGACUUGGGUGGAGGUCCCAUGCCAGGUGCUGCAGGGAGACACUCCAUUUCUGGGGACAUCCCACCUGAUGCCGGCGAACCAUUUGAGAUGAUUUCUUCCUGCGCUGACGUGCCACCGAUGUCCCCCGUACCCGAGGUGCCUCCUGGGCCCCAGCUUGCAGACAACACCUCUGAUGAGGAACCAGCAGAGAUUCUUGAGUUUCCUGAGGACAGCCAGGAGGUAAAGACCCCUGAAGCGGCUACAAAACAGAAGCCAGACGGCAAGAAGGCCAGCCUGUUGUGGUCCUGGCUCCCAAGCAUUGGGUUCUCCUCUGUGGGAGAGAUGGAUGCUGGUUCUGGAGACGCCACCCAAAGACCUGAUCCUGUCCACAUGCAGCCUGCAGCUCAGCUGGACCCCGAACUGCCCAGGAAGCAGGAGAAGGCCGGCUGGUUCCGGUUCCCCAAGUUAGGGUUCUCUUCACCUACCAAGAAGAGCAGAAGCAGCAAAGGUGAGGGGGGUCAGGCAGAGCCAAAAUCCCAGGAAGAAACUGUCACCUUUUUUGAUGCCCGAGAAAGCUUCUCUCCAGAGGAGGAGGAGGAGGAAGCCAAGCCUGGGGUGACAAGUGCCACGCCUGGUUCCAAAGCAAUUGUGGCGUCCGCUGCAAGAACAGAACUAGCACUGUUGGAACAGGCUAGCGACACCGACACCGGUGACAGGUCUACACCCAGGCCUGCGGCCAAAUGA